AUGAGUAUGGCCAUCACCAAGAAGGGAAACAGUCUAAGAGCCAAGUCGGCAAAAGUAGGCAGGAAAAGUCAGUUGUCCAAUAAAAUAGCAGAGCUCAAAGAAGAAGAACACCAUGAAAAUCCUUUACUUAAAUUACUGCAAAUAACAAAGAAGGAAAAACAAUUGAAUAAGAGUAAGGACUUCAACACUAAACUACAGCAGAAGGUGACCUUUAACAUAAGUGGAGGUAUUAGUAAGUCUAGUGCAAGACGUCAAAAGAGAAAGGCAAAACAGGAAUUAAAGCCAAAAAUGGACGAUUUAUUACUGGCAUUGGAGAGUACAACAACCACAACCACAACCACCAGCACUACACCGGAAUACGUAAAACCCAGUAAAAAACAAUCGAACUUACCGAAUGCAAAUAAACAAUCAGGUCAUGCUAAAAUCAUGAAGAAUGAAUACAAAAAUUUUAAUAAAUUAUUACUGGAUAAUUCUUUUAGAGCUUCUCCAUUUGCAGCAUUAAAAGAUACCAUCCGCCAUAAUUUGAACUGAUCGUCUAAUUGACUUACGGGUCCUCCUCUUGUCCAGUUAAGGUAUUUAAGUAGACUUUGUUAUAUCUCGCUAAUCAAAUCGAUUUCCUUUUGGAACAUUUGUUUUGUUAGCAAAACGCGAAAUUUUUCAACCAAAAUUAUAAACAAUAAAGGCUCAAAUAACC